AUGAGUCGAAGUAAAGUAUUGCUGUUUUUAUUUUUAAUUGCUUCAAUGAUUGAUGUAUGCGGAGCUAUUAAUAAUAAAUUGCCUGCAAUUUAUUAUGGUAACCAAGGCUGGAAUAUGAACCAAAUUCAAUCGUUUUCAUCGUGGGUCGGUAAACGUCCGAUAGUAAUCUUACUUUUUACUGAUUGGUGUAAUACAUCAAUGACUAAUUUGUUCAAUUAUCAGCUGAAUAAUAUUUGGAAUAGUGGCAGUAUUCCAGCGAUUACAUGGGAACCAUUUGGCUGUGGUGGUAGCAGUCAACCGGGUAUAAUGAAAUUAAUUCAAAAUAACAGUUAUGACACAUACAUAAACCAAUUUGGAAAUAAUUUGAAAACAUGGUUAGCGGGGAGCGAUGGUACUUUAGACAAUGGUGACGAUCGAAGAGCAUAUCUUCGAUUAGGUAUGAUAUGCAGUCAGAAACUUCUAAUGUGUAUUCUUCAAACUAGAAAGCAACAUAACUGA